UCUCCUGUGGAAGGGCCCUGGCAGGGAGGCUCCCUCAGGGGCCGCUCCGCCCCGCUGUUCCCGGCACCACCUGCCCUCGGGGCCCUAUACCCUGCGCCCGGAGCCUGGCGUGCCGCGGCCCCGCGAGCUCAGCCCUUCGGCCGGCUACGCCGCUGAGAUCCCCGCACAGGCAGGAGGCGGCUGGCAGGGCCCGGCUGGCUCCUGGGCGGAGGGAGCGGGACACGUGACGCGUCCCGUCCUGGGGAGGGAGGAGCGAUGCCGGGGCCCCCCCUGCCGCUGGCCAGAUGAGCUCCCUCCGCCUUGCGGCCGGUCACUGGCCUGGGCGCGGGCGCCUCCGAGCCCGCUCCCGUUCCAGGGAGUCGUUCCCCCUUCGCCGGCAGCCCCGGAGCGUUGGGGGCCGCCCCGCGCUGUUUCGGGGGUAGAGGGCACAGGCCGGGACAGUUGAGGUGUCCACCGCUGAAAUGGCUGGGCCCCAGUUGGCUUGGAGCUUGUGAGGCUAGGCAAAGCCCACCCGUUCCCGUGACAAGCGUCACCAGAUGCACCAUGGCUCAAGAUUCAUCCCUCUUUCUCCUCCGCUAUCUCCUCGGGCUUUGAAUCAGUUCACUGGUCGUCAGAAGAUUAUCUGAUGACAAAUAAACUAGCGAUGUAAAACGUUAACCGGUAUCGCAUGGAACGGCUACAUUCAGUGCUUGAUUACAACUGUGAAACGUUUACUUUCCAUCUUGUAAGCAAUGGCAGCAUUUGGAACAUUAGCACUGGAAUGGCAAUAGCUGGAGUCAUUUUAUUUGCAAAGAGUAUUAAAUUGACAACAAAAUUUACGAGUGCUUUGGAUAUACCAGUAGAAUUUAUAGAAAAGAAUGUGAAACUACGAGGAAGGUUAUGUCACGUAACUGAGAAAGGACUAGAAGUUGAACAUGUUCCCAUUAGCCUUCCUUUCCUGUCAUCAUUACAGAGAAAAUGGCAAUCAAAUGGUGUUUUGCUGGUCAGACUUGCUGGAGUGGAGCUGACACCAAAUGCUAUGGCCUGGUUAAAGGAAGAGUUAAAACCUGCACAAAUGAUGUGGUUCCAGCUUCUUGGAAGGGAGGAUUUGGUGCUUGAUUGCCUCAUUUUAGUAAAUAAGGGUAGAUUUUUCAGUGUGUGCCUGAAUGAAGAGAUCUUGAGACAAGGGCUUGGCAAAACGACACGUAUUGAAGGACUACAUCAUGACUCUCCAUUAUACUGGAAGCUUCACAAAAGACUACUUCAAGCAGAACUAAAAGCCCUGAAGAAAAAUAAGGGAAUAUGGAAAGAAGAAAGUUACAUUGAAAAACUUAAAGAUCAUAUAAGUAGUAAUAAAUUUGUACAGAAGUUAAAACAAUUUGCAAACUGGCUACGAAUACGUAUUUAAAAGUGAAAUGGGAAGGACUUAGAUGGAAAAAUGCUAUUUGGACGUGGAUGAGUGUCUCUUUGGUGUGUGCUUUUUUAUUAACAAUGAGCUUAAGAAAGGAAAGCCUGAGCCUUGAUUUUUGAGGCUCCUUCCUCAAGGAAAAAUAUAGAAAAUAGUCCUAGUAAUAUCACUUAAAGAGAUGUUUAAAUAUAGUUUAAUUCCUGUAUAAGAAUAAACUUCAGCAUGAUGAUGCCUGCUAAAGUGUGUUAAGGCUAACAUUAUUCAAAUAUAGGAGCCUAAAGUUAUGCUUCUAAAUCCUUAAUUUAGGCUCCUAAAUAAGUAGUCAAAUUUUCAAGAGUGCUGAACACCCAGAUGUCCCUAUUUACCUAAGUGGAAAUGACUGAAGAUCCUAUUUUUGAAGAUCUAAAAUAUUCAUGUCACACUUUACUUACAUUGCAGUGGAAUAUAAUAUGUAGGAAGACUGCUUGAAAACUGAAUAUUAAUUAUUAGAUAUCACCUAAAGAAAAUAACUUUCCAAUACUUCUGCUUUCUUGGACCUUUGUUGUACAUAAGUAUUUUUGUUUGAGUCCGAUAUAAGGGAACAUAUAUGUACUAUGUUUACUAUUUGUGCGUUUUAAAAGUUUAACAUGUUGAAUAACUAGUUCUUCUAAUAACUAGUAAUUAAUAGAAAAGGUGAAUUUACACAGCUGAUCUUAAAAAGAAGAAUGUAGAGAAGCUCCUAACCACAAGAAUUUAAAUUUUGAAACACAGUAGGUGAGCAUAAGUUAGUAUAUCAAUAAACUACUUAUUUGCUUGUAGUAUAAAUAAUUUUUUUUAUAUAUUUGUAAAGAGUUGCACAAUUUAAAGAUUAUAAUCUGGUGGAAGUGACCUUUUGAAUAUUCAUUGUUUGUUUCUGUAUCUAGGUUAAAUCAAGUGAAUUAGACAUGUUUUAUAGUCAAGAGCACUAAACUCUGUGCAACCUUAAAAAUUAAACAUGGCACAUUAAAUGUC